CACAGUACUCAAAUUUUGCUUUUUGGACCGGAAUAUGAAGAUAUGUGUGAACCGAACCGCCAGUUUUGAUGCUGUGAGACCGGUUCAGGGCGGUGUCAUUUUUGAUGUCUUUCAGUUUCUUCACCAAGUGCCCUGUACGAGAAGAGAACCUGCGUGGAAUUCCAUCGAUCAACCGUUCGUAUCACUCUUCCUUUGAUGCCUGUGCCGAGCUGAUUGAUGCUUGUGCUCGUAAUCGAGCACUUCGCUCAGGAAAAGCCCUUCAUGCCCAUUUGAUCGUUACUGGUCUUUGUACUACCGCUCACAUUGCCUCCAAAGUUAUCGGCUUCUACACAGACUGUGGAAGCACAGUUGAUGCCCGACGUGUGUUCGAUGAAAUUCCUGAAUCAGAUGUUCGCCGUUGGACCGUCCUCCUUGGUGCCUUUGCUCGGCGCGGCUACCAUCAGGAGGCUUUAGAUUUGUUCCUCGAGAUGAGGAGGGAGGGGAUGGAGCCCAACAGUUUUGUGUUUCCCAGCAUCCUCAAAGUCUGUGGGCAGCUCUCAGAUCGACGAGCCGGAGAGAAUGUGCACGUUUUGGUUCUGAAACUUUCCGUCGAAGACGAUUUGUUCAUCAACUCCGCGUUGAUUGAUAUGUACUCAAAAUGUGGGCACAUCAAAAAGGCGCGCACAGUGUUUGAUAUGAUGGUAGGGAAAGAUUUGGUCACAUUCAAUGCUAUGGUUUCAGGUUAUGCUCAAAAUGGCUUUGCAAAAGAGGCAAUUGGAUUGGUAGAGAACAUGAAGUUUUGGGGUCUGAAGCCAGAUGUUGUAACCUGGAACACAUUGAUUAGUGGGUUUUCGCAGAAGGGCGAUCCUCUGGCUGUUCGAGACCUGCUCAAGUCAAUGAGCUUUGCUGGUAUUGAGCCGGAUGUGGUGUCUUGGACCUCUGUUAUAUCUGGACUCGUACAGAGUUCCAAAAACGAAGAUGCUUUUAAAACAUUCAAGGAGAUGAUGGCUUGCAGGAUUUACCCCAAUUCGGCCACCAUUAGUAGUCUCUUGCCUGCUUGUGCUACAUCUGCCAAUCUGAGGCUUGGGAAGGAAAUGCAUGGUUAUGCAGUUGUGCUUGGAGUGGAGAACGACAUCUUUGUGAGAAGCGCUCUUCUUGACAUGUAUGCAAAAUGUGGUCUUAUAACCGAAGCUAAGUUGUUAUUCUCUGACAUGUCUGAAAAGAACGCAGUCUCUUGGAAUUCCAUGAUUUUUGGGUUGGCUAGCCAUGGUUAUUGUAACGAAGCAAUCGAAACUUUCACUCAGAUGGAGAAGGAAGAUAGUAAGAGUGUCGAUCACCUGACCUUCACGGCAGCUCUCACUGCUUGUAGUCAUGGAGGUAUGAUUGAACUUGGAAAGAGUUUGUUCCACAAGAUGCAGGAAGCUUACAAGAUAGAGCCAAGGCUCGAGCAUUAUGCUUGCAUAGUGGAUCUUCUUGGUCGAGCUGGAAAACUAUCAGAAGCUUACGUCUUUAUUGAGGCAAUGCCCGUGGAACCUGAUUUGUUUGUGUGGGGAGCCCUACUAGGAGCAUGUAGGAACCACGGGAACUUGGAACUUGCAGAAGUAGCAGCUCGGCAUCUUUCAAAGCUUGAGCCUGGAAAUGCAGGGAAUAGUAUGUUGCUGUCUGAAUUAUAUGCCAAUGCCAGUAAUAAUUGGAAUGCAAGGUUGAGAAUGAAAAGAAGAAAACUGAUAAAGUUUCUUGGUUCUAGUUGGAUAGAGUCUGUCUGAUGCUCAGACACAGCUUGAAGUGAAUGCUAUUAUUUUUUCAUCCUGAGGAAUGAAAAAGUUUACUCUUGCACAUUAAAACUGGUGCAAUUACAAUCUGUUACAACUCAGUAAAGGACUACUGUGGAGGAUCGGAUGAUGAGCAGAGAUAAUUAGUGAUUACACUGGAUGGUUCAGAUAAGUGUGACCAUUUGAUUCGGGAGAUAGGGAAACUGAGAACUUGCCAAGAAAAAAGAUACAUCUAUUGCAUUGAAAGCCACAUUUCUGGUAUCUAUCUCACAAAACCUAGUUGACAGUUGACACUAUCGACUGGUAACUAGAUUUGACAUGCCCCGCUGGUUCGUGAAGGAAGGAUUGGCAUUGAGCCAUGUCUUAGGGUUUGAUAGGCGUGUAUAUGCGGAACCUGUUUGAUAAUUUCAAUAAAUGGGUCAAAAAAGAGGAAUAUGUUUGAGUCCAAUUCUCCAAACCCUAUUUUAAGCCCAUGAAGAUACACCUCAGCGCACUUUCCUCAGCCAAUUUCUCAUUUUUGCUGCAGCUUGUCCUAAAUAAGAGAAGAGGAAAAGAAGUGAGAAGAGAGGGAAAGAGAAAAGGAAGAAGCCAAGAGAGAGAGGAAGGGAACCACGGACAACUUGACAUGCCGAAUCAACGUCAUUUCGAAGUGCUCGGUAAGAAUUCCAAGUCUUGAUUUAUUUAUUUGGAGAUAAUUUCUUAGUACAUAUGUAAUUUCGGAUCAUGUUGAAUUUUGAGUUGCUGGGUUGGUUCUCGAGAUUGGUGAACUGUGAAAUCACGUUAUAAAGAAAUUUUGGGGUGUCGUGGAUGUGUAAAUUUCAUAGAAGUUGAUUUGAGUGUAUAGUUUGGUCAGAGUGAAAUUUUGGAGUUUGUUGCACCAAAUUUGAA